AUGGAAUGGGCCCACUUGCUCUUCUUCAUAGUACUAGUGGUGCCUGUGUUCCAUUCGUGUGUGUAUGCACAAACAGGCACAUCAUCAAACCCUCCCUUUGCAAUCACCUUAAAGGAGAACUUGAAGGACACAUUGAGUGUGAUGUCGGUUGCUUUCUUCUCUGCCUUCGUUUUCAUGGGUUUUUUUUCACUCUACCUCCGUCAUUGCUCCUCCGGAUACGGUGCCAAUAUUCGCAACCCAAUCACCGCCGCAGCUGGCCUCUGUCGCGGUGGUUUCAACCGUCAAGUCAUCGAUAAAUGCCCAAUCCUUGUGUACUCCACCGUGAAGGACCUUCAAAUCGGAAAAGGCUCACUGGAAUGCGCUGUGUGCUUGAGCGAGUUUCAAGACUUCGACAACAUACGGUUGUUACCAAAAUGUUACCACGUAUUCCACCCAGAUUGCAUCGAUGCUUGGUUACUCUCUCACAUGAAUUGCCCUGUUUGUCGCGCAAGGGUCACGUGUGGUGAUGUCGGCGACAUUGCCAUCCCCAUACCAAUGCUCACUGCUUCCAACAACAUCGAAAACAACAACACAACCACGACGCCUGAAAUAACGGGUCGUGAAAUGGAACAGCAACAAGAGGUGGUGCGUAAUAACAUGGAAAAAGGACAGAGCAGCACCGUAACGGAGUCAGAGGAAAGUGAACCUGAGCGUGCUCCACGUGAAUCGAGAAUGUUGGAAAAGUUUAAGAGGUCACAUUCGACGGGUCAUUCUUUGGUGGAAGCUGAGGAGAACGUUAAGGUGGUGGAUAGCGACGUCGUUUUGCCAGGAGCAUGGAGUUCCAAGACGACAGCAUGUUACACAAGUAACAACGACGUGGAGCGGUGGUCUUUGUCCAUGACUCCGCCUUUUCUUUUUAAUAAUAAUAAUUUAGGGAAUGAAAGGAUAUGCUGGACGCCACCACUUAGAAUGUCGUUUUACAAGGCCCAUGGAGCUCAGAAACCGUCGCAUCUUCGUUCGGUUUGA